CAGACUAGCGCGGUGGGGCGACCGGGGGUGCGCUGGGGAGGGGCGCCGGGGGCGCGGCGCGGGCGCAGGGGGAUGCUGGGCGCGGGGAUGCAGAGCCGGAGGAUGCGGAGCGCAGGGAGACUCGGGCUGCGGCAGAGCUUCCUCUUCGGCAGUUUCCUCUUUCGCCUUGGCUGCUGCCGCUGCGGUCCCUCCCUGGCUCUAAUUUCUGCUGCUCUCCGGCACAGACUUCCUGCCUCUGCCGCCGCCUGCCAGCCUCACUUUCUGCUACUUUCUUGCCUGGCUCCUGCUCCCUCCCCGCCGCCCGCCCCACUCCUCCAGCCCGCCUCCUCCCGCGGGCUCCCCGCCCUCCCCGUGCACCCGGCAGCCUCCCCGCCUCCCGCGAGGCGGCCUUCGGGGAUGUCCCGCUCCCCUCCCCACGAGCGCCGUGCCCUGGGCGCCGGGGUGCUGCACUUGACCACGGGGCGACGCACGCUCCUGGGCUGUCCGCGCACCCAGAGUCCCCCAGCGAGGACCGGCUCUGAGCUCUUCAUUCAACCCACUUCCCUCCCAGCUGCCAAACCCUGAGCUGCUAGAAACACAAAAUGCAAAUUUUUGUCCAUAAUCAUCCAAACAAACCCAGUCAAUCCCAGCAAUGGAUUCCAGAGGCAAGUGGGAAUUUUUGCAAGUUGCCUAGUAUGCAGAUUCACCCAGGAACACCCGCUUCAUCCUUACUGAGGACCACAGCAGCUGUAGACAAGCUAGCCUAGUGGGCAGGAAAACAAAUCUUCAAAAUGAGACAAGCCGGAAUUUCAACCUCUACUCUACCUGUGGUGUAAGUCCAUCCUCUAAACUUUGGUUUCCUUAUUGGUAAAACUGAGAGAAUGCACACAAAGAGCUGGACAUGCUGCCCAGGACAUGGAGCAGAUGCAAAAAAAUAAGAGCUAUUGGCAGCAGCAACUCUACAAUUCCUUACAAGGAGAUACUGUACUCAGCCCCUUCUUAAUAAGGGCCAGAAAGGACACAAUUCUCUUCCAUCUCCCUGCUGCCGACCUGUGAAGGGAGUAUGGAAAGUGCUCCCAUUCAAGUGACAAGUAAUAGUUAAAAUAUUUGAUAAUCCCAUGAGCCACCCAGUAAAUCAGACCUCCCACGUGGGAGCUGAUUCUUGAAACAGCACAGCUGUCUCCAGAGGGUUAUGUGUGAGGAGCCACUGGAAACUAGGCCAGGUCAGGUGGAUUGUCCAACACAUACAGCUGGAGGCCUGCCAGAGCUGCUAAUGUGGAAGAAUGAGUGAGCCCCAGGAUGUACAGGGAGUAAGCACCCUUUUAACUUAGCUCAACUCCACAGAGGCUCAACC